AUGGUUUCUUCCUCCGACACAGGAGUAUCAGACACAGUGCACCCCACGGCGAUUGUGUCAGACGAUGAGAUGCCAUCCGAGGGAGACGUUUACACGUCAGACACCACGAGCACGGAUGACGAUGAUUUUCAACCGUUCGCUCUGCCAGACAUCGGAGUUGAGAUUCAGCCUGCUGAUGGCAUUCUUGCUGGGGAUCUCCCUCUUGCUGUGAUCCCUGCUCCCGCUCUUCUUGCUGCUCUUCCCGUGGCGGAUGUGCCACUCGAUGUCGUGUCUGAUGACGACAUUGAUCUUUUCGAGGAGGGUCCCUAUGAGGACGACUAUGAGGGUGGGGCCCCGAUUGAUGUUGAUGCUGUCCUUCCUAUUGCUGAGGCCCCUAUAGAGGAGGCUCCUCUUGGUUCACCUGGCCCAGACUCGUUGGAGUCUGUGGCAUCCGCGUCCUUUCACGACCAGGGUGUGCAGCAUCACUCUCCUGACGCUGAUCCCGACGUAGCGAUGUCAGCUGCACCUGGUCCGUUACACAAUUUUGAACUUGACCAUGAGAUCGAUGACGAUUUUGAUCCAGUUUUUCCUCCUGACUUCGAUCUUGAUCAUGAGAUCGAGUUUAUUCAUAUGGACCAGCCCUUAGAGGCGCCAGUGGCUCCCAUUGAUCCGUUGUUUGACAUUCCUGCCGAUUUUGAUAUGGACCUUGGUGACCCUGAGCUUGUCAUGGCCCCAGAGCCUGUUGUUGCUCCUGAUCCUGCACUAGAGCACGACCCUGUUCUUGAUGAUGCACCGGCCCUUGCACCACCCAUUGUUGACCUUCCCAUAGCUGCACCACCAGUGGUGGAUGAUCCUAUUGUUGAUGCACCUUUACAUGAUCCCGUGCCGGUAUUGGUUGACCGUGCAACUUUUGCUUCUCACAUUGAUCCUCGUUAUGCUGACACCCGUAACGGGUGGAUCGAGGAUGAUGACGACUACCAACCGUUUGUGCUACCUGUCACUCCUCCCGUAGCACCUGUUUCCGCACCCACUGAGUUCCCAUUGUUCCACCCACACACCACUGACGUCCAUCGCACCGAUCUUCCCAUCACAUUCCUCCAGGAUAUACCGCUACCUUGUCUAGGGAGGCCUUUCGCUCUGCCCGACUUCGGGGAUGAGGUUCAGCCCGCUGAUGGCAUUCUAGCUGGGGAUCUACCUCUUGCUGAGAUCCCCGCUCCUGCUCCACUUGCCGCAUUUCCCGUAGAGGAUUUGCCACUCGAUGUUGUGUCUGAUGACGACAUCGAUCUUUUCGUUGAGGGUCCCCCUGAGGACGACCAUGAGGGUGGGGCCCCGAUUGCUGAUGAUGUCGUCAUUACUAUUGCUCAGGCUCAUGUGGAGGAGGCUCCUUCUGAUUCACCUGGUCCAGACUCGUCUGAGUCUGUGGCAUCCGCUUCCUUACACAACCGGUGCGUGCAGCACUACUCUCCUGGCGCUGACUUAGACAUAGCGAUGUCAGUUGCACCUGGUGCACCUCACGAGUUUGAGUUUGAUCAUGAGUUCGAGGACGAGUUUGAUCCAGUUUUUCCUCCUGAUUUUGAUCUCGAUCAUGAGAUUGAGUUUAUUCCUGUUGACCAGCCCUUGGAGGCACCAGUGGCUCCUAUUGAUCAUUUUCUUGAUAUACCUGCCGACCUUGAUAUGGACUUUGUCGACCCUGAGCCUGUCGUGGCACCAAAGCCUGUUAUUGCUCCUGAUCCUGUACCGGUGCACGACCCUGUUCUUGUGGAUGCACCAGCCCUUGCACCUCCCAUUGUUGAUAUUCCCAUUGUUGCACCACCAGUGGUGGAUGUUCCUAUUGCUGAUGCACCCGUUCUUGCACCACCUGUCGUCGACCAUGCACUAUUUGCCACGCAUGUCGACCCUCGAUACGCCGACACCCACAAUGGGUGGAUCGAUGAUGAUGACUAUGCCCCGAGUUGUAAGAAGUCUACAGGUGUCCAUACAUGCAUGAGGGUUGAUUGGUGCAAUUGGGAGGUGGAAAUAGCUGUAAAACACUCAUAA